AUGCAGUUCUCCAAGUCUCUUAUGCUGUUGGUAGCUAUCGCUACAGGCACAUUGGCCCGCCCAGAGGGCAUGGCUCGCCGCCAGGCCACUUCUACUACCAGUUCCUCUUCGUCUUCUUGGACGUCCGUUCCUUCCAGUGGAAACUACGACACGUCUGGCUUCGGUUCCAGUACUAGCAGCUCCGGCUCCGGUGCUUCAUACGAGGGCAACGUCGGCAAUCCGUACGGCAGCAAUAUCAUUGAGAUAUCUGCUUCUGACGCCAGCUCCUACGAAUACGUCGUUCAGUUUCAGGGCUCCAACACGGAUGACUGGACAGUCGUCAUCUGGAACAAGUAUGGCUCUGAUGGCAAAAUGGACGGUUACUACGGCAAUGCCUGCAAGACCUUCACUCUCUCUGCUGGUGCCACCGUAUACUACGCCUUUGAUGGCGACUCCCAGGGUGGCUGGGCGGCCGCUCCAGGCUCUACUAUCCCUACUAGCGGCGGUGCCUAUGCCGCCACCUGGGGUGAAUUCGACUUUGGCUCUUCCACCAACAACAACUGGUCUGGCUUUGAUGUCUCCGCUAUUCAAGCUCAGGAUGGCGGUCUCACCGUUCAGGGUAUGAAGAUCUGCGAUGCUCUCGGUUCGACCUGCUCGUCUAUAACCUCCAAUGCCGGCACUGUUGACAACGCUUAUACCUCCGCCCAAACUGACGUCGGUGGCAUUGGUGGCAACUUGUCCGAAGGCCCUGUGCGACUGGCCGUUACCAUCGACUACAGUGGUUAA